UCAACAAAAAUACAGUCCACAUACUCAUCGUCAUCAUCAUUAUCCUCAUCAUAAUCGUGUUUCCAUUAAAAACAACCAGAUGAAAUUAUAUACCGAAGACGAACUUUUGAACGUUGACGACGGUAAUGCCACCUCGGAUUGUCCCCCCACUGAGACCACAUUGUCCUCUGCUGCCGUGGAAGCAGCCCUGGUAGAACCGAUUGCUGCUGUGACAAUCUCUGAGCCUGGGUCCGAAUCGAAUAAACCGUAUUCAUCUGCGGCCCUCGCAUCUGUCGAAUUGAUGCAAACCGAGUCCGAAUCCAUAUCUGUGGAUUCAUCUGCGGCUCCGGUCCCUGUCGAUAACCCCCAAAUUGAAAAUUCGCCAACCGAGUCCGGAUCUUCGGGUCUAUCUGCGGCUCCGGUUGCCACUCCUCAUUCGUUAGAGGAGUCGGCCAAAUUUAAUAGGUCCGAAUCCCCUCGGGAUUCAUCUGCGGCCUCCCAUAAAUGUCGCCAUUGUGACCGCAUGCACCCGCUUGAUAGAUGUAGCGACUUCCGCGUCAUGAAUGUUGACAUGCGUCGGAGAAUUGUUGUUAAAUUUAAUGAUUGCAUACGGUGUUUAGCUAAAUCCCACCAAGCUAGGAACUGCCAUAGUAAAAGAAAGUGUGCCGUAUGCAACGAAGAUCACCACACUCUUCUUCACGUUGAUUCGAAGACCGUGGUUAAACCCACAAGUAAUAGUCGGCGUCGUCCGCAUACGGAUUAUAGGCACCGUUCGCGUCAUAGUCCUUACUAUCGUCCGACUGAAAAUGCUCCCCCCUCGCAGGUAGGACUGGCCGGCUUGUUGUCCCUCCAGUCUGGUAUCUGCAUUUCCCCGACUUUGUUACUCAAAGUUGAUGCUUUUGGCCGUCCCUCUAUCGUGAGGGCGGCUCGAUAUACGACCGGAGUCAGUCCUUGUCAAUUGUGGCAGUGGUGACCCAUCUGGACCAUGCGCGAACGCCUACAGCGACAAUCCCAGAGCGCAUAAAAGACUCCUUUCUUGGUCUUCCUUUGGCGGAUACGGACUUUAACAGGCCUGGUCGGGUGGCCCUGGUACUCGGGCCGAAAGUCUAUGCCAGGGUUGUAACACAUCGGGUGCAUGCGACGCCAGGGUUACCGAUAGCCCACUACACCAUAUUUGGGUGGGUACUGUCGGGCAUAUGUAACAUAUAGUGUUACAAAAUGUUUUUGGAAAAAAUGAAUUGAAUUGAAAAAAAAGUUGAAAAAAUAUAAUUAUGUAUUGUAUUUAAGUUACAACAUCCCAAUAUGUUGCAAGGUGUGCGGCAUGUUUAAUUUAGAUUGAAAAUUAUUGUUUUGCAACGUUAACAAUGGGUUAACAUCUAAUUAUUUGUAAAUGAUUAACAUCGUUGAAAUCUGUCAAUGUCAACAGAUUUCAACGAGUGGCGAAUGGCGCCAACGCCGACUUACUUUAUGUUGGGAUCGUUGUUUUGUUGUUAAACACUCUCUUCUUCUAUCGCGUCGAUACGAACGAAGGCUCUCCCCGCUAUUGUGCAAAAAGGUAAUAUUGUUUACCAAACCCUAUUUAUUUAUUAUUAAUAAAGCCUGGCUUUUGCCUUAUUUUAUAUUAUAA